AGACAAUAAGGAAAAGUGAAAAAUGAAAUGAAACUGAGAAAAUAUGACGGCCGCUUUUUCUUCUUCUUCCCUUCCAUUCUUGUUUUCAUCUUCUCUGUCGUCUAUUUAAGAGGAGAAAGAUGAAGCAAAUUCAAAUUGUUAAUCUGCGCAUUAUCUUCUGCGGAGCUUUUUCAAAUCUAUGAUUAUUUCCCUAACAUUCGAACCUUUUGUUUUGCUGCAUAAUUCUUCCCCUUUAUUUACUAAAAAUCCAUAGACACCAAUUCUUCAAGAUUGCUCCAGAUUUUCCUGAUCUAGUCUCAUAUACCCUAAUUUUUUCAAUCUCUCACAAUAAUCGCACAACCGGCGACAGAAGCUAGAUUUGUAGAUUCAGAAGAAAAAAGGUAAAUCUGUUCAUAAGGUGUAUUUUGGAUUCUGCUUUGUCAUUGUUGAUUUCUUUUCGCAACUGAGAUAGAGAGAGCGUCGUUCAAUCUAUGAUUUGAAUUAUGAUCCGUUUUGGCAAUGACAAUAUUUCCAACCAUUUUACACCAUUUUCCAGUAAGUGUCACAUCAUUUCUAAAUUCUAAUUACAUACCAACCCAAAAAACUUGUUAAUCACUCAUUUAACAUACUAUGUUUAACAAAUAGAAGAAUUACUAAAUUUAACAUUUAUCAAAUAGAAGAAAAUUACAAAAUUUAGAAAUAAAUUACAUUAAAAUAAACCACAACACAUGAGUUUGGAACAAAUAAAAUAGAUUUUCACUCGAAAUUGGUGUAUUCUUCCUACAAUUAAUUAAUUAAUUAAUUAAAUAAACUAAAUUAGCAUACAUUAAAUAAAAUAAGUUUAGUUUACUGAAAUUAAAUCCAUAGCCUAAACCCUAAAAUGUAAAACCCCAAAUUGGAUCAAAUUGAUCAGUUGUAAAAGCCCACAUUCUUCUCUCGCCUCUCACACUCUUGUCGGCUGUCGCCAUCGCCCCUGCUUCCGUCCGGUCGCCUCCACACUACCGCCGUCUCAAACAGCAGGCACCACCGCACAGCACAGGCAGCCCAACCGCGCCUCCGCCGUAGGCCCCUCCCCCGUCAGGCAUAUUCCGAUAACAUGGCCAGGACUGUUAGACUAUUCAUCCAUGUCCAAACUUAAUUCCAUCUCUACAUGUUGUAGGGUGUUUGGAGGGUUUUGAUUCUUAAGUAAAAUCAAACUUUUCUGGAGAAAAUUUUACUACUAAGCAGCAUGCUUAAAGUCCCAGAUCACCAGGUUGCUGGACACAAAGCUGGUGGUGGACGGCUUGGACCUCUUGUUGAUGAUUCAGGGCGUUUCUACAAGCCUCUUCAGGGUGAUGAGCGUGGAGCUAACGAGGUCUCUUUCUAUACAUCGUUCUCUUCAAACACUAAAAUUCCUGAUCAUAUCACAAGGUUUUUCCCCAAGUUUGAUGGUACUCAGCUUGUGGAAGCAUCUGAUGGAACGGGUAUGCAACCUCAUCUAGUUUUACAAGAUCUUACUUUUGAUCGUGUAAAUCCAUCUAUAAUGGACAUCAAAAUUGGUUCAAGGACUUGGCCUCCACAUGCUCCAGAGGACUACGUCCAGAAGUGUUUAAAGAAGGAUAGGGAAACUUCAAGCCUUCCACUAGGAUUUAGGGUAUCAGGUGCGCGAAUCUUUCAGAGCACAAAAUCAGGAUACUGGGAGCCAGAGAACAAAUCGUCAAUCCAGACUCUUUCAGCUGAUGAAGUUAAGUUGCUUCUGAAGAACUUUGUUUCUUCUAACGCAUCUGAAGUGUCACAUAUGAAACCAGAUUGUGCAUUCGCAUCGACUGUUUAUGGAGGCUCCACGGGAAUUUUGUCACAGUUACUGGAAUUGAAGGCGUGGUUUGAGGAUCAAACAAGCUAUCAUUUCUAUUCUUGCUCAGUUCUUAUGAUGUUUGAAAAGGAGCUUGCAUCAUGUGGAAAGAGCCCCCGAGCAGAAAUCAAACUUGUGGAUUUCGCCCACGUUCAUGAAGGCAAAGGUGUUAUUGAUCAUAACUUCCUAGGUGGGCUGUGCUCUUUUAUUAAAUUCAUCUCUGAGAUCCUUACCACUCCUGAAGACUGUGCUGCUGAUUCCUUACUAGAAGAUGCUCAGAAAAGCCACAUCUAUUCUGAUAACGGUUCAGUUUGAAUCUACUGAAUGAAUUGCUGAUGACAAGGCCUGAGGUUGACUUAAAUAAUGUUGCCUUUUCUUUUUCAUGGUAUUUCGCCAACCUUUUUAUGCUCAGCAUCUGCUGGACUGGCCAAAUGCUGGCUGCCGCAAAUAUUUUUCUUGUCAAGAUUCAUGAUACUUUUGCUCUUCAAUUAUUUUGAAAGUAGGUAUAAAUUCAAUUAUUCAGAAGCACUACGCCGUUUGGGUUAUUA